UUUACUGUCACAUACAUUGAUUGUUUUUGUUCGACAUAAAAAGUAGUUUAAUUCAACCGAUAGAAUACAUGUUCAAUAUGAAGAAUGUGUUUUGUCAGUGCACACUUUAACUGCGCUUCUCUCCGAGCUGAAAUUACUUCCUAGUCCAAGCGGAAAACAUUUGCUCAAUUAAAAGUGACAUUGGCGAUGUCCAAAUCCGGGCGCAAUCAUCUACUGGUAGCGGCUUUUGACUUUGGCACAACAUAUAGCGGAUAUGCAUACUCCUUCAAUAACGAUCCGAGGAAAAUACAGACAAACCAAGGUUGGAAUGCCGGCACAGAGAAGCUCAUUUCACUGAAAACCCCGACAUGCGUUCUUUUGAAUCCACAAAAGGAAUUUGCUGCCUUUGGUUAUGAUGCAGAGAACAAGUAUGCAAACCUAGCUGAAGACAACAAGCACAAAGAAUGGAUGUUUUUCAGGAGAUUCAAAAUGCUACUUCAUAACAACAAGGGAUUGAACCGGUCUGCUAGUGUCGAGGAUAUUCAAGGAAAGAAGAUGCCAGCGAUGACUAUUUUCUCCAUGUCAUUACGUUAUCUGAGAGACCACCUUGUUGAAGCUCUAACAAGACAAGUUGACGGUAUAAAGGAAACAGAUAUUCUGUACGUGCUAACUGUUCCAGCAAUCUGGAGCGAUGCUGCUAAACAGUUUAUGCGCGAGGCCGCUAUUCAAGCGGGGUUUGAUGCAGAUCGGAUAAUGCUUGCCCUGGAGCCUGAGGCGGCUUCAAUCUGGUGUCAACAUAUCAAUACGAGUAUCAAGUCAGACCUCAGCAAGACUGGUAGUCAACGCAUGGUGGUAGACCUUGGAGGUGGAACAGCAGACAUCUCUGUCCAUGAGCGGAAUAGUGAUGGCACGCUAAAGGAAAUACAUCGAGCAAGCGGUGGGCCUUGGGGAGGGACUUCCGUAGAUCAGAACUACAUCAAAUGGCUUACUAAACUUUUCGGAAGGGAAGUAAUGUGGAGGUUUCAAAACGAAGAAAUGGCUGAUUACUUUGAUAUUCUUCGCGAGUUUGAAACGAAGAAACGUACCAUCACAUCAGAAACAAAAGGUCCCGUUUAUUUUCGAGUUUCCGCCGCUUUAAGGGAAAUUCAUGACGAAGUGGGUGAAAAGAGUGUUAACGAAAUGCUUGCAGAGAUGAAGAUAAAAGAUGACGUGUCAUAUCGAAGAGACAAACUUCGUGUUUCCGCAUACAUUGUUAGAUCGUGGUUUUCGGAAUCGAUUGACGAGACAGUGCAGCAUGUUCUUUACCUUUUGUCAGAAGCAAGUAUGAAAAAACAAACCACGAUUAUAAUAGUCGGUGGCUAUGGUGAGUGUAAACUAGUUUCCGACGAAAUGAAAAAUGCCAUCACUAGCAAGAAGAUCAUAGUUCCGGACGAAUGUGGACUAGCGGUUCUGAAAGGAGCUGUUCAGUUUGGUCAUCAGCCCAAGCUUAUAACAUUUAGAGUAGCAAAAUAUACAUAUGGGUUCAAGGUAAAAAGAGUGUCUGAAACGGAUGGUUGUAAGAACAUUAUCGAUAACGUUUUCCGAAAAGUUGUGGAAAUUAACGAGGUAGUUAAAAUUGAUAGGCGUAUACCCGCACCUGGUCAACAAUUUCUGAGUAUGGAUGAACAAUCAGAAAUAAGUAUAUUUAUAUCUUCCGAUCCAAACCCUGCCUUCGUUACGGAUGAAAGUUGUUCGCUGAUAGGAAAUUUACAUCUGGGACAAGCGAAAAGUCAACGGAGGGCAGAUAACGAAGUUAGCGUAGAGUUUUUGUUUGGUGAAACUGAAUUAGAAGUGAUAGUAAGAACGCUUAGCGACAAUUGUGAAAAGAAAUGUGUUGUUGACUGCUUGUAACUUUUGAAUUAUUCAUUGUAGAGACAUAUUGAAUAUGUAUACCAUUGGUUGUCGAGGACGUCGAUAGCAAUUCUUUUUUUCCAAAUAAACCUGUUAUUUUGAUCUUUAAUACAUUUAUUUUUAUUAUAAUUGGGCUCGAAAUCACCCUCGCCACGUUCAAAGACGUCUUUUUUAUCCCAGAUACCUAUACGGGUGAGAGGAUAAUAUAAACAGAUAAACCCUAACUUUUAAUACGAAGCGUAUUUGCUACAAUUAAGUUUUUAAAAAAUCAGAGUGGUAACCCCGACCUUUAAGAAAGCUUAAGUGACACCAAAAUAAAUUUACGGAACUGUUGAACAAUAGAAAGUGAUUGUCCUCGAUCCUACUGCUAUCUAUCUGCUAUUUUCUCUACCCUUUUUUCUUUAUUUCUAUAUGAGUUUUUGUAGUUUGUUAUUUGAGGAGUUCUGUGUUGUUGUUCCAUGCUUUUGGUUUGUUUUGCUAUAAUGCGUUAUUGACGUUGGCUCUGUGUCCAUGAACGGGGCUUAUGUUUAAACGUUCGGCUACUGGAUUUGUUUCUAUAGUUUUUUACAUGCAUAUGUGUCAUUAGGUGUCAACCGCAACGAUUUUUGAUUACUAGUAUUUCGUUUUAUUCUUCCAAUCAGUUUCCGUUCAAAUCAGGUAAAAAUCAUCAUUUUAAAAUGUUGAAUAAAAGUGACACACUUAUUCAAGAUUAAUACAUACACAUGUAUAACAAACAUACAUUUUGAGUGAUACACCUUCAACUACUUACUGAAUAAUGCAUUUCUGGAAAAUAUUAAUUACUGAUAACAAGAUUGUAACAGUGUUUCAAUAGCUGGAAACGCAAAAAUAUUAAAUGAUUGGUGAUUGCUAAAAGAUUUACUCCGAUAUACUAUAGAAAUACCAUGUUUUUUGCACAU